AUGAAGAAAAGCAACCAGAGCAGACGGGGCACUCAGGACUCGUGUCAGCAGGCCGUCCAGCAUCCGGAAAAAGCGGGCUGGAUCAGGAAGUUCUGCGGCCGAGGGAUCUUCAGAGAACUGUGGAGGAACCGGUAUGUGGUUCUGAGAGGAGACCGGCUCUACAUCUCUGACAAAGAGGUGAAAGACGAGCGGAAAGCACAGGAAGUGUUUGACCUGGCUGAUUACGAGCGUUCGGAGGAACUGAGGAAAGCAAAGAGUCGCAGCAAGAAAAACCACAGUCGCUUCACGGUGCUGCGCUGCAGGCAGCCGGGAAACACUGUUCCCAACCUCGUGUUUCUGGCAGUGAGCCCUGAGGAAAAGGAAUCAUGGGUCAACGCCCUCAAUGUGGCCAUCAUCAAAGCCAAGAACCGCGUCUUAGACGAGGUGACCAUCGAAGAGGACAGUGCACUGGUUCAUCCCACCAGAGACCGAGCAAAGAUCCCUCAUGGCCGCCGGCUGCCCACAAGAGGACACCUCAUGGCUGUGGCGUCCACCUCUUCCCACGGCAUGCUGACCCUCGACCUGGUUGCUGAGGAGGAUGGGUUCUCUCCAGACUACGACGGCGCCUCCCAGGAAUCAUGGGAGAACCGCUUUCAAGUUGACCUGCAACGGGGGGGCUCAUGUGGACAGGUGGCAGCCGUCGGAUCUCGGGUGGUCGGAGUUCGUCAGCGCGCCGACACCGACGUGUCAAAGCUGCGGGUGACCUCCAAGGAGCCAAAGGUGAAGACCGGCAGUCUGCCCAGAGGGAGUGAGCGGUCCUGGGGCAAACAGUCCCACCUGGAGACCUCCAAGGUCCAUAAAACUCAGCAGGUCCUUCAGGCUCAGUCUCGAACGCCACAGCCAGGGAAGAGGUUCAGCGUGCAGGGCCGGAGUCGCUGUGCCUCCAUGGAUGAAGUCCUCUCGUCCAGACCGGCGAUGAUUCGCUCUGAGUUGUGCGCCGCUCUGCGUCGUUAUCCAACUGAAGAGGAGGCGGGAGGAGGCGCUUCAGUGCAGCCUGUCGGUCAGCUGCAGAGUCUUAUUGCCCAGAGGAUGCAGAGAGCUCAGGAGCUGCUGGAGGAGAUGAGACUGCAGGAGCUGCAGAAGGCCAAAGCAGACAGAGAACGUGGAGGCAGCUCACUUUACCUGAAGGGCGUCGACUCCCCUCGCCUGCACCACCUCAGAGGAUCGGACUCUCCUCACUCCAGCAGGUCAUCUGGAUCUCCAAGGAGCAGGAGCAGCGACUCCCCUCGCCUCCGGGGCAAAGAGUCCCCUCGUCUGAGAGGGAGAGAGUCUCCUCGAUCUAAAGCCAAGAGGAACCGCACCAAAAGGACGGACUCUCCUCACUCAAGAGGAUCCCAUUCACCCGCUAAAGCAAACGACUCUCCUCGACUGAGGGAUUCGCCUCGUCUGACUGCCGCCGACUCUCCUCGGACAAAGAGCUCUGAAGCCGUGCGUUCACCAAAACUCAAGGAAUCGUCGAGCUCCUCUUGUCCCAACAAGGAGGCCAACUCUCCUGUUCAGAAGUCCCUUGAAUCACCUCCAUUCAACUCCUCUCAGGUUAAAGGAUCUGAUUCACCACAAGGCAGCAAAGCUAAUUCCCCUCUCCUGGGGAGCAGCAAAGAGUCGCCAUGUCUGAGUCAGAAGAACUCCCCGAGCCUUUCUGGAUCCUUCGAGUCCUCGCAGCCCAAAACCCCAGACAAGCACCGCCUGUCUCCACCUACAUCCUCCUCGCCUCACUCCCUGCUGUCGGAAGAGGAUCCGGAGGUGGAGAACAGGCGUGCCGAGGCUGAGCGCCUCCUGGAGGAGGCCGUGUUAUCCUGGAAGGAGGCACAAGAGGUCCUGCAGGAGGUGAAGGAGCUGCAGAGCCAGACGCUGCGGCGGCAGCGCAGGAGGACCUACGAGAAGAUGACACCCACGGCGUCGGUGGCCGCGGCACCCGCUGCGAGCACGACAGCGGACGAGGACGACACACCCACCUCACCGACAUCACCUGAGGAGGACGAGGAGUCUGAGACACCUUGA